AAAGAGGUCACAGUUACUGCUAGGAGAUCUAAACUUUCCAAUCUAAAAAGGAAAACUACCACAAAUGCUGUCUACCAAACAGAGACCUGGAUCAGGAACUACCAGAAUGUGACACUUCUUCAGUAGCUUCUUCAGGGAAAAACAAAGCAGCUACCCAGCUCCAGUCGUUUAAGUUUUUUUUACCAGACAUUUUACCAGAUAAUAUUUUAGUAAAAAACUUCAGUAUGUUGCAAAUGGGAGAACUCCUGACCUCACCUUCAGGAUGCCCUUCUGAUCCAUCUGUCAGUCCAGGAGGAGGCGGACAAAACACCAGUUUUGUCAUUCCACCAUCAGAGAUAGAUUUCAAACCUAACCAGUUUAUCCAAGAGAACGGACGGGUCAAACGGCCAAUGAACGCUUUUCUAGUGUGGGCUCGCGUCCACAGAGAGGCCAUGCAAAAAGCCUUUCCAGGAAGAACCAGCAAUGACAUCAGUGUUCAGCUUGGAAAUGAGUGGUAUAAGCUCAGUGAGGAACAGAAGAGGCCCUACUUUGAAGAAGCUGACAAGCUGAAGAAGAUGCACAGACUGCACUUCCCUGAUUACGAGUAUCGCCCCCGGAAGAGAAAAGACAGAAAGCAAGCUUUUGAAGGGAAAUAUGACCAAACAUCAGGACAACAGCAGGACUCAAAUAUUCACUGUAUUGGCUCACAAAGUAUGCCUUCAGGUCAGCCCAGGUUCCCGGACCCUAUUCUAUUUGGUCCAUCUCCUGUGCCUCAACCAGUCUCCUGCAGUCCCUAUUUGCCCUUUAACCCCCAUCAUCAAGCAACCAUGUACCAUAUGGGCCAGAGCCAGAGUUUAAGGCCCGGAUUUACCAGAAGCUGGAUGGAGGAUAAAAACUUCGACCAAAGUUACUGGCACGAUGGAGCUUUGAGGCCAUUUGUCUUUGAUGGUUAUUCAGUGCAGAGUUAUUAUUCAGCUGGUUUUAUCUAAGAAGUCAUCGUUGGCUCAACAUAAUUUCAGUGUUGGCUGAUGUCACCUUUCACAAAGACUAAACAAUGUGGGGAGUUUAUAAGCCAGCAUGCAGGUGAUAGCUGAUUCCCUGUUUUUAAAUAAAAUGUUCACUAAUA